AUUUUAGUGAAAAAUUAGGUCCACGGUGCAACGGACAAUGUUUACUUCCAACGCAAACACACCGAGAAUGAGCGCAGAGUGACGCGGUGAAGCACGUCCGCAGCUCUCCAUCCCCAUUCAGCUCGCAGCAGGAAGUGUGCUGAAUACACCGAGAAAAAGACGGUGGAGCCGCCCGCUGAAGAAAAAAAAAAAGAGUUAAAAAAUAACUAUGGCGAGCGACUGAACAUGCCAUUUAUCCUCUGCGCAACCAAAAAGAGCAUAAACCCCCAUCCCUGAUCAUUGUGCACGUCUGUAAGUCGGCUUUCCUCUGAUGCCCCACAACUGUCCAGACCCUCUCUGAACUGCUGUGAUCGAGUGGAAUUGAAAGGCUGAUUGGAGAGAAUAUCUGUCACCCAGGUAAAAUGGCUGAUACUACAGAAGCAGAGAGCUGAACAUCACACAUUGCCCCCUUUUCUUCUUUGUUCGAGGAUCAUUUUAUGUGGACAUUUCCCCCUUCCAUUUCAAUUUUCUCAUCAUGGCUAUGCAUGAUAUGAAUCGUGCCAAGGGUUUCCCUUGCAAAGAAUGCGACAUCAUUUGCCCAAGUACACCUAGCCUACUGGAGCACAUGAAAGCACACUAUCAUCAAGAAGAGAAUGGCAGAUUUGAAUGUGAGCAGUGUGGACGCAUUUUUAAGCAUGCCAGUAGCUUGGCUUCUCACAAAAAAACUCAUGAAAUGGGCUCCUUCCAGUGCCCUGUCUGCACCAGAACGUUGCCCAAUGCAGUGGCGCUCAAAAACCACCUCCGCAUCCACACCCUGUCUCCAAGUGCCCAAGCUGAAGAGGAGAACGAUGACAAUGUUGAUGAAGAAAGGGAUUAUAAUCUAGCACAAAAUCUGUCUGAUGCAGCUUUCAGGAGUCACAUUAACAACAGUGGAAUGAUGCCUGGCCAUGACCACGACAAACAAAAAUCUCCAGGAUCUGAAGAUGCCUGGGACAGACCAUUCAAAUGUGACCAAUGUGACAGGACAUAUCGUCAUCAUGGCAGCUUGGUAAACCAUAAGAAAUCUCAUCAAGAGGGCACGUAUAAGUGCAAUGUCUGUUACAAACAGUUCAAUAAUCUUGCAGCUCUCAGUGCUCACGAACGCACUCAUUCAAAAUUUAAGCCCCCUGGAAUGUCCAUGGGAGCCCUUGUGCCUGAAGGACCAUCUGACCCUCGUCCCCUUGGCCCCCAGAAUGAUGACAUGGCACCCAGCUUUUGUCAUCUUUGUCAAGUUGCUUUGCCUAAUAAGAAUGACUUUCAAGAGCACCUUUUGUUACAUAAUGCUGCGUCAUCUUCAUUGGGGCUAACACGUAGUUUCCCAGGGAUAGUGCCUCAUCAUCUUAGUUCUGUUCGCUCCCCAGCGGUGAAUCCUUAUACACCUGCUCUAGGUGACCCUCUUCCACUGCCUCCAUUACCCGACAAGCGUUAUGACCCAAUGCUAGGCCCUCCUGUUAAUAAUCCCAUAUAUACCUGUGCAUAUUGUGGAGCGGGACAUCCUGACUUGGAGAGUCUCAAAAUUCAUUAUCUUACCCAUGACCCUCACACCACAGCACAUGCUCAAGGUGGCCCUGCUAUUUUAAAUUCUGCUGGACUGGCUUCAAACUCUCAACCAUCAAUAUCAUCAUCCAAUGGUGAGACAAGGUCACAGGAGCAGUCUGCAGCCAUUGAUGAUGCUGAACGCCGAUUUAAGUGCCAAGAGUGCGGGAAAAGCUAUCGACAUGCUGGGAGUCUAGUUAAUCAUAAACGCUCCCAUCAAACUGGUCAUUAUCAGUGCACUGUUUGCUGUAAGCAGUAUCCACACUUAGCAGCACUUCAUAGCCACCUCCGUAGUCACAAAACCCGGCCAAAUUCACAAUCGAUGGGUACAGAGGGAGAUUGGCUUUCCUCUGAGCCACUGACAGGGCUAGACUCUCAACAAGGCUUUGUACAUUCUCAGGAUCAGGAGAGUGGUGCAACAACGCCAAUUUCACUGCCCGGUAAUCUUGGUGAUGCAGCACACUUUGUCCCAGACGGUUCCCAUAACAGUGGCCUGGAUUCACUGGAAUUCCAUGACCGAUUCGAUGACUCUCUUGCCCAAAGCAAUUCUGGUCACUCACCUCUUCCACAAAACCAUCGUCAAGCAAACAGUGUCAACCAAGGCGGUAUGACCAAUGGUUACAUGGGUAACAUAAGCUUCCAUAGUCCUGGUGGUGCCUCCCUGUCAGCAGGCAGUGCCAACCUCAAAGAAAGUGCUCGCCAGAGACGUAGUCAUGACCCGAUGCAGUUUGGAGGUGCUCAAGACAACUCCCAGGGCAACAGUAAAAGAAUGGAUAACAAAGACGAUGAUGACGAUGGAGAGGUUUAUCAGUGCACAAUCUGUGGAAACCAUUACGCCAGCCUGAGGGCACUUCGUAGCCACUUACGAAGCCAUGGGGUUAACCAUGGGGCAGGACCCUCCUCUGCCCUCUCUCCAAUAGGUGAGCAAGAGUGGAGGAGGCGACAAGAGGGUAGUACAACCAGUCUUUUGAUCUGUAGCACAUGUGGCCAGAGCUUCAACAGAAAGCAGGACUUGCUUAACCACCAGCUAGUCCACGGACAUCCCCGGCCAGAUGGAUCUACACAGGGCUUGGGUGGCACUAGCUCUAAUUCUAAUGGCAAAAUGGAUGGACGGAACCACAUUUGCGUUGACUGUGGCAUGUUCUUUGCAGAUCGCCAUCAGCUGAUCACUCACCUGUGUCCAGGCAAGGCGAGAGCGGGGGCAUUGAACAAGGCUAUGAAUGGAGCUAAAGGGAUGACGGGUGGUGCUGGUACCAGUGGCAGCGGGGGCCCUGUAGACCCUCGGCAGUUGCCAGACUCUGAUGAUCGGCCCCACAGGUGCGACCAGUGUGGAAGGAGUUACAGACACCCCUGCUCCCUGCUCAACCAUAAGAAAUCUCACAAGACUGGGGUCUUCCGCUGCCUUGUCUGCCAAAAACGCUACUACAACCUACUGGCUCUCAAGAACCACCAGAGGACUCAUUUUGACUUAAAGAGGCACAAAUGUGAGGAGUGUGGGAAAGCCUUCAAGAUUCAGAAGCAGUUGAUAAAUCAUCUACGGCUACACGAAGAGCACAGAGCAAAGACCGGAGAUCGAGACCAGCGGGUUCAAAGCAUGUCUCAUCCCAAUGGUGCCCGCUAUGAGGGAGGCCCAUCGCAGCUCCAAGCUAUGAGGAUGGGUGAGCCCAAAAUUCAGAAUCCUCCUGUGAACACCAAUUAUGGUCAACCUCAAGGUUUCAAGAAACCGUAUGCGGGGGCUAGGGCCCAGCAAGUUGAUGACGGCAGCGGUCGCCGCCCCUUUGCUUGUGAUCAGUGUGGACGUACUUAUCGUCAUGCUGGCAGUCUGGCCAAUCAUAAGAACCUACACAAGAUUGGUGAAUACCACUGCAACGUGUGCAACUCCACUUAUCCAAAUCGACUGGCAAUGAAGAACCACCUCCGAAUGCAUUUCGCUCUUAAGAAAUAUGCCUGCACUGAUUGCGGUAGGGGCUUCAGGAACCAGAGGCAGCUUGAAACACAUACCAGCAACCAGCUCUGCAAAGAUCUUCCUGGUCCCCUUCCUGGUCCCAGCAUGCAGACUGCUCCUCUUCCAACUGAAUAUGAAUGUGAUGGGUGCUCUCAAGUCUUUACUACAACCACAGAUCUGGCCUCGCAUAACUGCAGUGCCCAGCUUCCUUCUUCCUCUGCCUCCCUCAACAGCUCUAAUAUGAGCAUGGAGACAGGUGACCUGGGGUCUCCAGAGCGUGAAGAACGCCCUUUUACCUGUGACCUAUGUGGCUGUUCUUACAAGCAUGCUAGCAGUCUGCUGAACCACAAAAAUACACACAAAAUUGGCAACUUCAGCUGCUCAUUUUGUGACAAGCCGUACACCAACUACAUGGCCCUGCGCAAUCACAUGCGUAUCCACACGCAGAAGAAGCGGCAUAUCUGCUCAACCUGUGGCAAGGCUUUCCGGCUGGCCCGCUUCCUUCGGAAUCACCAGAGAGUCCAUGAGGAGGGCCACACCCGUUUCGGGUGCCCCACCUGCGGGAAGAGCUUCCAGGGUCGUUCUGGGCUGGCCAGGCACCGCUGCGGGGACAACCAGGUAGGCAAGGAGGGCGUGAGGAAGGCCACUUCAAGCACAAGAGAGGGAGAGGAAUACCGGUUCACAUGUGACCAGUGUGGCCGAUCUUACCGGCAUGCCAGCUCACUCCUUAAUCACAAAAACACCCACACUGUCGGCAUCUACCAUUGCGCUGUGUGCCUCAAGACCUAUUCCAACCUGCUCGCACUCAAGAACCAUCGUCGCAUCCAUUCUGAAACUCGACGGCACCGCUGUCCAGAAUGCGGCAAGGCUUUCCGCGUCUCCUCCCAACUACAAAACCACCGCCGUGUGCACCAAAAAGAGCGGGAGUUUGCCUGCACUCUGUGCCAGCGGAGCUUCCCUACCCAGGCUAGCUUCCGACUCCACUUGGAAAUGCAACAUGGCCGUGCCCCAAAAACAUCGCAACAGCCUGGGGUUUCGUCCAGUGGCUCAGAUGUGGGUUGGGGCUCUGGGCUUGACCUUACGCUGAUGCAGGCCCAGGGAUUGGAUCCUAAUGGGCUCCCAAAGCUUAAACCAUCACACCAUGGCCCCAGUGGUAGCAGCUCAUCUGGGCAUCAACAACAACAGCAGCAACAGCAGAGUCGCAGUGAGGCGGGGUGUAAGUCGCAUGUCUGUGAUCAGUGCGGCCGUGGUUACCGUCACGCCAGCUCACUUCUGAAUCACAAGAACAGCCACAAGAUGGGCACCUAUUUCUGCAACUCCUGUCAGAAGGAAUUCUCCAACCUGAUGGCACUCAAAAACCACAGACGCAUCCACACUGAACCCAAGCGUUACCAGUGCCCGGACUGCGGUAAGGCUUUCCGGGUCUCCACCCAGCUCAUCUGCCACCGCCGCAUCCACACCAAGGAGAAGCCUUUCUCGUGUCAGCAGUGUGAUAAGCGCUUCUCCAGCAAAUCCAACUUAAGGCACCAUCAGAAGGUCCACUGGAACAGCUCGGCACCUUCUUCAAGUCUGAACAUGAGCACCCACUUCUUGGGUAUGCCGUCUGGGCCCUUUUUAUAGUGGUGAGAACUGGGGAAGCAGAACUUUCGGUUUGUUUCGGAGAUUCAUGCCAAGGCUUUUGGAGGUGCCAAAACCCCCAUUCCUUUUAUUCUCAGACAUCUCUAGUGCUUGAGGUGUGGCUGUGAGGCUUUUGUUGAACGGGUUGUUGUUUAGGUUAAGAGAACUGUCCCUGCAUGUACCCUGAAACAUUGGAUUAAACAAUGGAUUUGUUACAUCGCGUAAUGACUGUUAGGUUUAGGUCAUAGUGACAUUUUCCCCACCUUUUCUCUCAUCCUAAACACCACAGGUGACCUUACUUGCAUUUUCAUAGUUCCCUUUGGGGGUGGGGGACAUUGAGGGCCACUGCCUUCAUUUCUGAUACCAGCCUUUCGAAGAAGUGCAAACUAGCUGGCGUCUUCUUUUAAUUCUUGAAAACGGAUUGCUUUCGGAUGAGACAUUUCCAUAUAUAUUGUGUAUUAAAUAGCACAUUUCCCACCAUGGUACUGUUAGAUCAGUAUUGUUUUAGUGAUGUCACAAUGGGCAGGUUAAAUGAUAGUGACUUUAGGUUCAAAAUGGACACGUUUCCCCACGGUCAGGGUAACUGCCACAAGAAACACGCAUUGGAAAACCAUACAUUUCAUCCCAUGCCCAGCUUUGAUUGAGAGUCUCGAAAGCAUUCUCAAUUUUCAAUCCUAGACAAUACAAAGAAAACGCGUUGACUGUCCGAUGAAUUCCGAGACGUGUCGAGCAACUUGUAUGUUUAACAAGUAGAAGUAACUAUGUUUAACAGUGUAUAGAGCGUAUUUGAAACGUCUUCAGUUAUUGGAGGCAACACAUUUAUUUGUUGUGUAAGACUGUCAAAAAAAUGUUUUUGUAUUCCUCCCCCUUUCUGUUAAUGUUCUAACUUUUCUAACUUGUGUGGUCCUUGCAGCACGAAGAUGAGCUUCAAACCUUAUUAUUCAGCAGAUGACAGCAUUGCGCUUAUUGGGUUCAUUUCUUAGUGGCGUCAUUCAUUCGUUCCCCCUUUAAUUUUAUGAUGUUGCUCAGAACCCAUAUUUUAAAACUGCAACUAACUUGCUAGUGUAUAGAAACGAUAGGUUGUGCUAUGAAAAAAAAAUGGGAGAAAAAUGAAAGGGGGAAAAAUGUAUAUUGAUAGGCUUGUAAUGGCAUUUGGUUUCACCUUGUAUUGUAUUGUAUCUCUGACUGUAUUAUUUACAGGAAAACUUUUAUAAAAGACCACCGUAGUAUGCAUUUUAUUUAUAUUAACACUUGUAACUGAAACAGAAAACGCUAGUUUUAGAGCUCCCAGUUUUAGGAUUUCUUGUUUCGACCCCUCCAGAGGCUAUCGGACACAGAGUCAGGAAUGGCAGGGCUCCUAAAGAACACUUGUUAUAGUGACUGUAAUCUCCUCUUUCGUUGCCAUUAUUUGUUAUGCUUUUAAACGAACAUUUCUGUCCCUUGUGCAAUAAACAGGGAACUGUAAUAAUGUGUGUUUUGAUUGCAGUACAAUGAGUGUAAACAUAUCACUGUAUUAUUAUAUUGUUUUUCUCACGUGAUGUUGUGACUGUCUCUCCCACGCUCAUGUCAAGAUUGGAUGUGCCGGUUUCACUCUUUAAGCUCACGCGUUAAGGAAUUAUUUUGUGAUCAUUACAAUCAGCAAGGCAAUCUUAUUUUAACUCCUCAGUUACACCAUGUUAACCCAUGUAUUUAUUUGUUUUGGUUUUCUCUUUUUCUUUAUUUAAUUGUAUUUUACUAUUUUGAGCUUGUUUUCAACCUAUAUUACCUGGGAGCACUGGUGCUAAGUCAGUGUAUUUUGAGUGAAAAUGAAGUUGUAUGUGCUAUGAUCAAAGCACGGGAAGAUUAUAUAUGUAUGUACCUAUACCCUUGCAAAUUUUACACAAUU